CCAAUACCAUCAAUCUCAAAUGCUUGGAUCGUCACCUACAUUCUUCUUUCCCUCCCCAUCUAUUUCACCAUCUCUGCUGCUGUGAAUCCUAUCCCAAUAAAUGGCACAUGUCAUGACACUUGUGGCACGAUAUCAGUGAAGUACCCCUUCGGCUCCGGAUUUGGAUGUGGGCACCCCGACUUUGCUAGAUAUGUAAGAUGCAACGCCGGCACACUAGAGUUCUCUACCGGGACCGGCAUUUACAAUGUCUCAGAUAUCGAUUACUCAAGUAGCACCUUAAUUAUCAGAGAUCCCUUCAUGUCUGCUUGUAGUUCAAUGCAGAACUCAGGAAGCUUUAGCCUGGAUCGAGCUAGUCCCUUCACUUUAACAGGGGAAAAUAUAUUUGUUUUGCUUGGAUGCUCUACCAAUUCUCCUUUGUUUGAUCCAGCUGAAGAUUUGUGUGCUAUGGGGUCGCGCUCCCGUGUAUGUAGAGGACUAUAUUCUUGCAAGGGAGUGACAGGCAUAGGGUUGCUACAGAAUGCGCCACCUUCAACUUGUUGUGUUUACGAGUCACCUAUUCAACUAGCAGGCUAUACGUUGGAUCUUCCAAAGCUCCAAUGCUCUUCUUAUACGUCAGUAUACAGUUUUGGGGGAAGUGAGGGGGAUCCAAUGAAAUGGAAAUUUGGUAUUUCUCUUCAAUAUAAUGAUUCAUACUAUUCUAAUGUAUGCAAGGAUUGCGAAACCAGUGGGGGCUUGUGUGGGUUUACAGGUUUUGAUCAGUCAUUUGCUUGCGUUUAUGAGAAUGGGAAGAACACCUCAACCAGUUGUUUUGGCCAAGGCUAUGAGUGGAGCGGGACACGGGAGUCAAAAAAUCUAAACAUGCUCAGCUUUGGAGGACUCUUGCUCUUGUGGCUGCUGAUUUCUUUUUGAAGAUUGAAAAUGAAGAUCUCCGAGAGCUGGCCUAGAGCUCUUAGGUCAAAUGCAGCAAUUCACUCUCUAAUUGACAGAAAAUCUUCUUGAAAAUGUCCAGAUUCUGCAUUCUCCUAGCUUACUGCAAUUCAUGAUUUUAUGUUCCAUUUUGUUAAAGGUUUAAAAUGGAUAAUAUGUCCUGGUUGACACGUAAAAUAUCAAAUAAACACCAUGAUAAUAUGCAUUCCCUGUCCUAUGUAUUUUCGUCAAGAAGGUUUCAAUGUGAAAGAAAGAAGCAAGAUUUGGAAUCAUUUGUCGAGGUUUUUAUUUUAUUUAUUAUUAUUAGAAGUGUUAAAAUUC